CGCAUGCCCGCGUCGCAGUCCAACAAGCACCAAUUCUCAGCGGUCGUCACAGCCUUACUCCGAGUCCGUGGUCUUCUUGGCCGAGCAUUCGGCUUUGACAUAGCACGCAGAAGUGACAACGCCGGCACCGUGCAUCGUGGCAGCGUCUCGCCUGUUGCAGGCUGCGUCAACAUCAUCGGGCUUGCUGCUAUCUGUGCGCACUCUUACAAUGCAUCGGCAAAACGCAGUUUGGUUUGAACUGAAUGCCGAUUCCAUCACAGGAAACUCCCUUCCUUGUAGUCAUAUAUGAAACUAUUGGUAUUAAAGUGCUGGUAAUUCUUAGCGUGGCUCUUCCUUCUCGCCCUCUCAGCCACGACUGGGUAUACAACCUUCAUCGUGUACUGUCACAUAGUCAGCUAAAGACUCAACUCAAACAUCAUGGCUACUACAACACAGGUGCCUCCGAGCAGAGACGAGGGCCCUCCUACUGGCGCAGAGGGCUUCAUCACCGACGGCUUCCCGGCACCCGGCCUCACCAGGACCAGUCGCCACAUCACGGGCCAUGAUGCUGAGGGCAAGUCCGUCUUCCUUGUCACUGACUGCGGCUCUCACCACCGCAUCAUGGGCGAGAACCAAGCAGUCGCCACCAUCCUUUACUCGACCAAGGAGACUCCCAUUGAAUGCAAUGAUAACGCGGACAUGAAGUUUGCCAAGGAGACCGAGCCUCCGCUGCAUUACCCUAAUGGGUCUGUCGUGCGCAUGAUCGACUUCGGCCCGGGCAUAGAGUCGCCGUUGCACCGGGCUAUCUCGGUAGACUACGGUGUCGUCCUGGAGGGAGUCUUCCAGCUGACUCUAGAUUCUGGAGAGUCGCGCAUCAUGCGGCAGGGUGAUGUAUGCGUCCAGCGAGCCACAUCCCACAAGUGGAAGAACAUCACUGGCAAUGGUACUUUGCCAGGUCGCAUGCUCUGGGUCUUGCUGCCAUGCAACGAUAUCAUGGUCGGCGGGGAGAAGGUGGAAGGCUUCCUGGGCCAUCUUGAGAAGGAGUACGAGCGAUAAACCAGCCAUCAGAUAGCUUGUCAAUUGGGACGAAUCGUCGUCUCCAUACACAAAUGCAUUGUCCAAGCAUCCUAUACGAGACUGUCAAUUGAAAUUGAUAAGGCAUCAAACUUCAGACUACCUAAAUAGAAACUUUCUCUUCUAUAAAAAUUUCCACAAAUACGUUCAAAUA